AUGAAGGCAGCAGCAUGCGAGGCUGCGCGGGCACUGACACCAAUCAACGCAUCCGAAUCGUCAUCGACCACCGACGCGGCGCUCACACACUCUCCCGAGCCGACGAAACCGAAGCUACCUGUGCUGCGAGAGAUCCGCGAGUGUGAACCGUCGUCGCGUAGUGAAUUUAUCCGUCGCUCCGUAGCUCAACGCAACGUGAACCGAAUCCUAACCACCCUCAAGCAGGCCGAAGAGGAAGAAAGAGAGCCAACUCCAGCCCAAGUUAAAGUGUUUCAACGGAGUGUUGAGACCGAAAAAGCCGAGUUCAUCAGGUUGCACCAGGAAAUUGUGGCCCAGUCCCCAGCCGACAAGCGCGAUGAGCAAGACGAUCCCUACCUGCAAUUCAUGCACCUGUACGAGGAGGUGUCUGUGUUGCUCGAGAGCUGGAACGAGAAGCUAACUGCGCCCCCAACCCAGCAGCAACCGUGUGUCACCACCAACCAGCAGCCGAUCGUCGUACAGUCUCAGUCAUUCCGUGCUCCGCUGCCAACUUUCGAUGGGCGUUAUGAAGCAUGGCCACGCUUCAAGGCCAUGUUUCAGAAUCUGAUGCAGCGCUCAUCAGAUUCGGACGCGGUGAAGCUAUACCACUUGGAAAACUCUUUGAAGGGAGACGCCACCGGCGUUAUCGACUUGGAGACGUUGCAGAAUAACAACUACCAGCGCGCAUGGGACAUCCUGGAGGAGAGGUUCGGCAACAAGCGGCUAAUCUUGGAGUCGCACAUUCUAGGGCUGCUGAAUAUGAAGAGGAUGGCUAAGAAGUCGUCUAAGGACCUCCGAAGCUUAAUUGAUGAAUGCACCCGCCACGUGGAGAACCUUGUCAAGCUUGGCCAACCGCUGCUGGGAAUGUCGGAGUUGCUCGUGGUAACCGUUCUCACUCGCGCAUUGGAUGACCAGACCCGCGAGUUAUGGGAGGCUUCAAUUGAUCAAACGGAGCUCCCGGAAUACGAGCAAACGAUCGAGUUCCUUAAACAACGAUGCGUCAUCCUGGAGAGAUGUGAGAAAAGUGCUCCCAUCGUAUCCCCGAAUCCCAAGCUAAACCAGAAGCCGCCUGGGUCCAAGCUCGUGCCUUCCAAGACCUCGCACGCAGCGGCAGUAACGUCGGAGUACAUGUGUGAUUUCUGUUCCGGUCAACACCAGAACUACAAAUGUUCCAACUUCCUGAAGAUGUCUGUGGAUCAGCGACAAGCAAAGGUAAAGGAAGUAAAUCUUUGCUUCAACUGCCUAAGGAAAGGCCAUCGUGGUGCAGCAUGUUCCAGCGAUAAGUCGUGUUCAAAGUGCUCCAAGAAACACCACACGCUACUUCAUUUCGAACGUGAGAAGCCCGAAGUGAAACCCACUGAUGCGCCGAAGACUCCAGAAGGGAAGCCGGUACCUGCAGUGCAGCCGGUGAAUACAUCGUGUUCCAGUAGCAUUCCUCCACCGGGUAAGCAGGUAUUCCUGAUGACUGCAAUGGUCAACCUGACCGCCAAAAACGGCCAAGUUCAUCGUGUGCGAGCCUUGUUGGACUCCGGAUCGCAGAUCAACAUCAUUUCCGAGUCUGUGGUUCAAAGACUGAAGCUUCCGAAACAACCAGCGAAUGUUCCCGUCAUCGGCGUCGGAGGUAACAAGUCGAAGAUGCACCACAAGGUGGUGGUGCGAAUGACAUCGAACUACAGUGAUUAUGCCGUCAACGUUGAAUGCCUCACUACUCCAAAGGUGGCGGGCACGGUUCCGCCGGUGAGCGUUAACAUCGAUAAGUGGAACAUCCCGCCUGGUAUUCUGCUAGCCGACGCCGCCUUCCAUUGUCCAAACGAGAUCGAGAUGUUGAUUGGAGCUGGUCUGUUCUUUGACGUCCUUAAGCAAGGUCAGAUCAAAUUGUCCAGCACUCUGCCGACCCUGUACGAAACCCAAUUCGGAUGGGUAGUAGCUGGUACGUUGGACGACCAGGACGAUGAUCACCCGGUAUGUGCCAACAUUGUCGUGAACGAUGGAUUAGAGGAGUGCCUGAAGCGAUUCUUCGACCAGGAGGAAAUUGUCGAGCCUGCAAUGACAAGCACCGAGGAAGAACGGUUUGAAGAGCACUUCAAACGAACAUACCGACGUGACGACACUGGAAGAUUCGUAGUACAACUUCCCUUUCGUGAUUCUGUGAGCCAGCUAAGUAACUCCAGAUCCCUCGCCAUGAAACGUUUUUUGCUCCUAGAGAAGAGGUUGGCGAAAAAUCCAGAACUCAAGGACCAGUACACAGAGUUCAUCGAUGAGUACCGAGCCCUGGGUCAUUGCCGGGAGAUACAGGAGGAUGAGGACCCACCUGGAACUCAAGCCUACUACUUGCCACACCAUUGUGUCCUGAAACCAUCCAGUAGCAGCACCAAGCUACGUGUUGUGUUCGAUGCUACAGCGAAGGCGAGUGGUUUAUCCCUAAACGAUGUGUUGAUGACCGGACCGAACAGCCAAAGUAAGUUGUUCACCAUAGUGAUGCGCUUCCGGACCCACCCCAUCGUAUUCUCUGCGGACGUGUCAAAAAUGUACAGGCAAGUACUAGUGGACCCUUCACAGACCCGAUACCAGCGAAUCUUCUGGCGGAGCAACCCAUCGGAAGCGCUGAAGGUUUUCGAACUGUUGACCGUAACCUACGGAACAUCGGCAGCAUCCUUUCUGGCUGUGCGCUCGCUUAUUCAACUAGCACGGGACGAGAGCACGAAUUAUCCCACGGCUGCCGAGAUCAUCUUGGACGACUCUUACAUGGACGACAUCCUUUCUGGCGCGGAUUCGGUUAAUGAAGCGAUUAAACUUCGGAGCGAUAUCGAGGAGUUGAUGCUGAAGGGUGGAUUUCCCGUCAGAAAGUGGUGUUCAAAUUCCGAAGAACUCCUUGACAGUGUUCCAGUGGAGGAUCGUGAGAAGCUGGUACCAAUUCACGACUCCAGUGCCAACCAAGCUAUCAAGGCUUUAGGACUCAUGUGGGACCCACGGCGAGAUUUGUUCCUGUUUUGCCAAUCCGCUGAUACGACCAACCCCGAAGCAGUAGUGACCAAGCGACGUGUCCUGUCCCAAAUAGCGAGGUUGUUUGAUCCACUGGGACUCGUUGCGCCAGUGAUUGUGGAAGCGAAAAUGAUAAUGCAAUGCUUGUGGGCCAGCAAGUUAGGAUGGGACGAUCCCCUUGACGAUGAGCUACUCCAGCGGUGGAAUACUUUCCGGACUUCCUUGGAUCAUAUAACAGAUCUUGAAAUUCCCCGGUGUGUCGUGGAUACAGAGAGGGAGGUAUUAGAGAUCCAUGGAUUUGCCGACGCUUCCAAGAGUGCAUAUGGAGCGUGCGUGUACAUCCGUUGCGUUCGACGAGAUGGUUCAACGGUAGCCCAUCUACUAUGCAGUAAGUCCAAGGUAGCUCCCCUCCGUGAGAUGACCAUACCUAGGUUGGAGCUGUGUGCUGCCUUACUACUCGCCAAGCUAGUUGCCAAGGUAGCUCCAACGCUGAAGCUGUGUUUCGUUGGAGUCAAGUUGUGGUCGGACAGUAAAAUAGUACUGGCCUGGAUCAACAAACCCCUGGAUCGGUUGCAGGUUUAUGUUCGUAACCGUGUAGCCCAAAUCAAGCAUCUGACCGAUCGUUACCAAUGGAGUUACGUGAAUACUUUGAAUAACCCAGCUGACAUUGUUUCACGGGGAAUGCCGCCAGACUUGCUGAAGCAGUGUAGCUUGUGGUGGAAUGGACCAACAUUCCUCAGCACAACCGAGUACGAAGUGGAGGUGAUUACAGAGAUCCCUGAAUGUGAAAUCCCCGAGCUGAGGGAAGUGACCAUCGCAAAUCCAGCCAUAAAGUCGGAGCCGGUCUUUGAACGGUUCAGCUCAUUCACCAAAUUGCAACGGGUUCUGGCACAGGUGGUUCGAUUCGUCCGACUAGUUCGAACACCUAAGGAGCAGAGGAUGCUAUCCAGUGCCUUGACCGUUCAAGACAUGCGAAAGGCCGAGAUUUUCAUCGUUAGAAUUCUGCAGCAGAGUGAACUUCAUGAGGAGAUCCAGAGUAUCCAGCGAGGCGAUUUCCCGAAACGAAUGGCCAAUUUGCAGCCGUUUAUCGACGACGAAGGAUUACUACGAGUCGGAGGGCGCUUGCAAAACUCCAAGCUGCCUUUCGAAGCCAAGCACCAGUUGCUGCUUCCUCGGAAACAUCGUGUUACGGAAAUGCUGAUACGCAAAUACCAUGAGGACCGUCUACACGAGGGCCAAUCCGGAUUAUUGGCCGCCAUUCGGCAGAAAUUUUGGUUGACGAAUGCACGAUCCGCUAUACGUAAGGUGAUCCACGGUUGUGUUAAAUGUUUCCGGACGAAGCCACGGAGCAUCCAGCCUCUGAUGGGUGUGCUACCUGAAGCACGAGUCACCGAGCAUGCGCCAUUCGAGCUGACCGGCGUGGACUAUGCCGGACCGAUACUUGUGAAGGAAGGCAAACGCAAGCCGAAGGUAGUGAAGGCGUACAUCUCACUAUUCGUAUGCCUGUCAACGAAAGCCAUCCACCUCGAAUUAGUAUCCGACCUGACCUCUGAUGCUUUCCUUGCCGCUCUCGACCGUUUCAUCAAUCGCCGUGGUCUUGUCCGCAAGCUAUUUUCGGACAAUGGGACCAAUUUUGUUGGGGCUUUGAAGGAGCUUCGACAUCUACGUGAUAUGUUCAAUGACCAGGUGGAGCGAAACAAAAUCAACGACUUCCUGAUCGGCCGAGAAGUUGAAUGGGAGUUUAUUCCACCGAGAUCACCUAACUUCGGAGGAUUAUGGGAGGCCGGAGUGAAGAUAGUGAAGUCCCAUCUCACCAGAACUCUCGGGAAUACAACUCUAACGUUCGAACAACUUAGCACCGUGUUGACCCACAUCGAAGCGAUUGUCAACUCUCGACCGCUAUAUUCCACAUCAGAUGAUCCCAACGACCCUCAACCGAUAUCGCCUGCACAUCUAAUGCUUGGUCGACCAAUGGAACCAGUGAUCAAGCCAUCGUAUUUGGUUGUACCAGCAAACCGUUUAACCAAAUGGCAGUAUCUGAACCAGAUGAGAGACCAUUUCUGGAAAAAAUGGUCUCGAGAAUACCUUUCAACUCUACAAUCGAGAGCAAAAUGGACAAAGAAACAGCCCAACGUAAGGGUCGACACCGUCGUUUUAUUGGCCGAGGAUAAUCAACCAGCACAGACUUGGAAGCUUGGAAGAAUCAUCGCCGUCUACCCAGGAAAGGACGGUGUCGUUCGUGUUGCUGACGUCAAGACAACCACUGGUGUAUACCGUCGUGCAGUAAGCAAACUAGCGCCGCUUCCCUUGCAAGAAACCGACGAGCAACAGUCAUCUAAGUUGGAAUUGCAUUCCAACGGGCGGGACUAUGUUCGCGCACAUGCGCUCCCAAUGAAGGCAGCAGCAUGCGAGGCUGCGCGGGCACUGACACCAAUCAACGCAUCCGAAUCGUCAUCGACCACCGACGCGGCGCUCACACACUCUCCCGAGCCGACGAAACCGAAGCUACCUGUGCUGCGAGAGACUUCCCCCACCGCACCAUGCCACGUGCCAGUGGAGAAGAUCUUCCGCCCAGAGUGCGCGCACGAUUAG